AUGGCUGUCCUCUUCCCAAGAUUUCAUCUGACCGAGAUCGAAGACACAUCCUGGUGUCCUGACUGGCUUCGAGAUCACGCCCAUUCUUCCCUGGCUCGGCUCUGGCAAGUCAAAUCCAGCAAUGGCAACUCUCUCGCUAUCCAGGCCUGUAACGUCUUGCUAAGAGUGCUGGGUGGCAUCGACAAUGUAGCAAAGUAUACGAUUAUAGACGCGUGCUCUGGAGCCGGUGGACCGACACCGUUCUUCGAGAAGUACAUCAACAAGCAGCUAGAGGCCAGCGGGCAUGCACCAGUCGGCUUUGUUCUGACAGACUGGGCCCCAUACGUGGAAGCUUGGAAAAAGCUAUCAGCAGAACAACCGAACAUCACCUUCAAACCGCAGUCGAUCGACGCAGCAGAUGCAAAACGGAUUGCAGAACCCGGCAAGAAAGAAUGUCGCAUCUUCAACCUCUGCUUCCACCAUUUCGACGACCCUGCUGCGGCCAAGAUCCUACGCAGUGCCGUCGAAGAGGCGGAUGCAUUCAUUAUCUUCGAGAUCACUCAUCGCACAUUACCAUCCAUCACAUACACCGCGCUCGCAUCGUUGUUCGGCGCGCUCAGUACGACAUGGAUCGAGUAUCGCUGGUCGCCAUUCCAUCUACUAUUCACCUAUCUCAUCCCCUUGUUCCCCUUUUACUACAUCUUCGAUGGCGUCGUGUCGUGCAUUCGUGGACGGACGGUCGAAGAGACGACGAAUCUGUUCUCGAUGGGAAAGGGUGUCGAUUUGAGCGGGUGGGACAUUCAGCAUGGUGAGGAAAUGGUUCUGCCUCCCAUUGGCACUCUGUUCUGGUACUCUGGGGUGAAGCGAAGUGAGAAGCAGCGGCUAUAG